GCUCUAGCCUAGUCUCCUCGCAUGCUGCUGUCUGUGAUUUCCUUCUCUACCUCAGCUGCUCCCAUCCCAGGCAGGAUGGCCUCUCAAGGCCCCCGGAAGCUGGAGGAGAAGCUGGUCUGCUCCAUCUGCCUGGAGAUGUUUGGGACAGCGGUGACCAUGCCCUGUGGGCACAACUUCUGCAUGAAGUGUAUCAACAACCACUGGGACAAGGAAGAGAAGGAGGCUCCGCCAGGCGAGAAGGACUACACCUGUCCCGACUGCAGGAAACGCUUCGCGAAGCGGCUGGAACUCAGGAAGAAUGUCGCCCUUUGCAGCGUGGUGGAGCUGGUCAGGUCUGGAGAAGUGCAGGCCUCCAGCACCGAGAGGAAAACCCCCACCAAUGGAAGGAGGUGCUGCUCCAGGCAUGGGCGGCCCCUGGAGCUAUACUGCCAAGAGGACAAGAUGUGCAUCUGCUGCGUGUGCACGGUGAAGGAGUGCCGGGACCACCACAGGGUCCUGUUCGAGGAGGAGCGCAAGAGAAAGGAGGUCCUUUUAGAAGAGUCUCUGGUGAAAACCCAGGAGGAGACAGUAAAGACCGAAGAGGAGAUCCACAAACUGGAGGAACAAACUGGCACCAUAAAGGAUUCUUCAGAGAGGCUGAAAUCGGGGAUCUUGCAGAAGUUUGCCCACCUGAUGAAAGAGCUGGAGGAGUGCCAGAGGGGGGCCGUGGACAAGAUCGAGCAAGAGCAGGCCACUGCCCUAGGGCAAGUGGAGGAGAACUGGAGCCAGCUGCAGGAUCAUCUGGCCAUGCUCACCCAGCACCAGCAAAAGGCCCAGGAGCUGCUCACCUGUGUGGACGACAUGAAAUUCCUAGAGGAAUUCCUGCUGCUCCCUUCUCCAGGCAGCCUGGGAGUUUUGCCAGCUGUUGAAUUCAAUGUGGCCAGCACGGUGGAUUCCACUGCUAAGAUCCUCACCGAGGUCUCUAGACUUUUGCUGGAGGAUUUGCCCAACUCCCUGAACCCAAAGGCGGCUGAUGCUGAACCCAAAGAGUCAACCAAGCCAAAGGCGCUUGCUGAGAUGAAGGCAGGACCAUCCCUUCCCGAGUGUGAAUUAAGAGUGGAGCUUCUGAAGGAUCAUCGAAAUUUGACCUUCGACCCGGACACAGCCAAUAGGUACCUGCAGCUGUCCAAUCAGAACCAAAAGGCCAAGCACACCCAUACUCCUGAUGGCCUUUGUCAGGAUCAUGCCGACAGGUUUGAGCUGUGGCAGGUUCUGUGCAGCCAAAGCUAUAGCCAAGGCCGCCACUACUGGGAAGUCAGGAUCUCCAGCCACUCCGUCAUCCUCGGUGUAACGUACAAGAAAAUCCAGAGGAAGAAGCGAGCGGGUCGCUCCUUCAGCAUCGGACUGGAUGGACUGUCCUGGGGGCUGCAGAUCCGGGAGGACUGCUACUUGGCAUGGCACGAGGGCCGGUCGCAUAAGAUCCAGGCGCCCUUGUACAAAUGCCUCGGAGUCAGCCUGGACUAUGGCACAGGCAUCCUGUCGUUCUAUGGCAUCGGGGACGAGAUGAGGCUCCUCCACUCUUUCCACUGUGUCUUCACUGAGCCCCUCUACCCAGUCUUCUGGCUCUGCGAAGGCAGAGCCGUCACCCUUUGCCAACAGAACUGAGCCAGCAGCUGGGCUGCAGAAGCCAAGCCACAGCCAGCGGGGCGUAUCCCACCUUGCAGCCAGCUGCCUGGCUUUAUUCGGUGGGCAGCCGACUAAAGCUGCAGCCAGGACCGGAGGGGUCACAAUGCAGCUGGUUCGACAGGGCCCAGGUGAUGGGGUUGCAAUGAGUUAAACACGGGCAGAUGAGGCGGGGACCCUGAAAAGCAAAGAAACGUGGCUGGAAUGAAAAUUGCCGAAGUCGUUCAGCCAUAUGUAAAUUAGAGUUAGGUGGCGGGAGACCUGCUUCCUUACCUGUCACAAGGAUCCCCUGCUGGAAGAGGUGAAGCUACUGGGAUUCAGAAUGCACCUGGCCUCAGUCUUGUUGCUUGUGGAACGUCAUUGCCCGUCUCCAGGCCACGUGACGUAACAGGGAGAAGUUAGGAUCCUGUGGUGGCACCAGUGAAAGGGCUGCUGCUUGGGAGGCUCCGAGGGGAUGGUGGCAGGAGGGGAGAUAGCACGGCUUGGUGUCCCAACCCCCAUUUUCUCUGCCUCCCAGAACCUUGGACAAUCACCUCCUGCUUUUUGUUCUGAAGAGCAGUUGCUAUCAGAGAGGUGUCCUUGCAUAGGCGCCGACUCCACGGUGCUCCAGCCCCGGAGCACCCACGGAAAAAAAAAUAGUGGGUGCUCAGCACCCACUGGCAGCCUCAUGGAUCAGCUCUGUCUCCUCCCCCUCCCUCCCAGUGCCUCCUUCCCACCUCGAUCAGCUAUUCAGUGGCCUGCAGGAGGCACUGGGGAGGAGCGGGGGCAGGCAGAGACAGGGUGGGGGUAGAAUGGGGUGGGAAGUGGCAGGGUGGGGGAGAGGUUUGGGGGAAGGGGCGGAGUGGGGGUCCAUCACCCCCAGAGAAAUCACAAAGUCGGCACCUCUGUGUCCUUGCUAAGACACUCUUAGCUCAUUGGAGGAGAUGCCGGUGGGACAGGCCCUUCACUGACGUGCUGUCGAGGGCUGAGGAGGUGGUUACUCUGGUAUUGCAAACUCUUAAACCACCCAUGUUCCGGGAUGGUUCCAAGAAGAGAUUCCAGGGUGGCCCCUUUCUAGCAUGCGGGGCUGUUCUGGCGCCAGGCCUCAGAACAUUCAGAGUACAGUGGGGGUGGGGCGAUGGGAGGGGAGCCGACUUUUUCCUCUGCUCUGCAGACCGUCAAUUCCCAUGGUUGGGUUCUACUUGUUUUUAAAAGUUCCCCUCUGGAAUAAAGCUCCGUUUUCUUA